CUUGGCCCGCGCUCGCGACAUCAAGGCUUCUGCAUCUCAGCCCUUCCGUCUUGUCCUCUGCCUUACCUCCCACCACCACCCAUCUUUCCGAGCCAUCCCUCCGCAGCGAUGGCGGAGCGCACCGCGAGCUCCUGGAUGCCAAGGCAAGGCAGGCAUUCAGUGACCGUCGGCCCUUCGCUUCAACGUACUCUCAAGGCCCGGAAGAACGAACCGCCCCCCAAUGCCAAACACGAACGUCACUAUUACGCCUUCCGCUACCAGUUCAUGCCAGAGUCGGUGGACCUGGCUAAGCCCGGUACUGCACAGGUACGCAAAGGUGAGGAGCACAAGAAUGUGAACCUACAACGCGGCUCCGUCAACAGCGACGAUGAAAUACAUCAAUUCCAUGGCGUCGAGACUGCCUCCAAAGAGUGGGACUGUAUACUGAUCUAUGAUGAAGACUCGAAAGUAAGCAAGUCGUAACUUCUG